AUGACAGCCAGCGCUUGUCCUUAUCUCUUCACAAAGCCAUUACUUGACAAGCUCAGUCCCGACAUCUUCACCAUCGUCUGCUGCAACGACAGCUUCCAGCUUGCCCUCGAUCACAGCACCAUCAAGACCCUCCUUCGAGUGUGCAAACGUGCCCAACCCCUCCUGAGCUCCAAGGUGCCUCGCUUCUACACCUGGUGCCAGAGUAUGGAGCUACUCAAUCCAGACGGACAGAUGCGAAUCGGCCUCACUCCGAGCGACCUGAUCGCCAUAUCGCUGCACUGGGAUCAACAAGCCACAGCCGACCGAUCAUGGCUUGAAGAUCAAGCCGACCAGGGCAAUAUCGACUCCCAAACAGACGAUGACGAUGAGCCCGAAGAGAAUACCAAUCAUCAGCAAGUCUUCAGCCUACUCGAAGCAACAGCCAACGCAAGACAUACCAUGGUACACUUCCACCUGGCCGAGUGUUAUAGCAAAGGUGUUGGGGUCGACCAAGACCACACCAAGGCUGUCGAGCUGUAUCGCAGUCUUGCAGAUCACGGAAUCCCUCAGGCCCAAGUUGCCCUCGGACGAUGCUAUGAGAAUGGCGAUGGUGUCGACCAAGACUACGAGACUGCCAUUGAGUGGUACUCAAAGGCUCCCGACCAGGGCAGCGAAGAUGGUCGACUCCAUAUCGUGUUCCUCCGUGGCUGGUUCUCGUUCAUCGGCCAUGGUGUCAAACAGAGCGACGCUGAUGCUUUCAAUCACUGGCAUGAAGUCAGCAACCUGUCCGCCGACCCGAUUAUCAAGUCCAUCGCCACCCACAUGGUCGGGUGGAUGCACUAUCUCGGCCGGGGCACCGUGCGAGACGAACAGAAAGGUGUCAAGAUCAUCCGCGAUAACCAAUCAGAUGGGUUCAAGCUCGGAGAGGACGAGUGUCUGGCAGGAUUUCUGAACGAUAUUUUGUCCGACUCACCCGCACCACGCAAGUUCUUCAAUCUCUGCCAGCUGGGAUCGGAUCGGGACUGGCUGUGCGAGCAUCUUAUGGGUGUAUGCAUGGCCAAUGGAUUCGGGACCACAAAGGACCGGAAGAAGGCCGCUGCCAUCUUCGAACAACUCGCCGCCGACGGCCACAGCGACAGCCAAUAUUGGAUCGGACCUUCUCAUUCCCCCUCGCCUUCUGUCAAUCUGCCUUCCAUUGACAUCGCCUGUCCUGAGACUCUGCAAUGUCAGGAGCGAUAUGGACUGGAGAGAAACAGGCAAUGCCUGCUGGACAAUGAAUACGACACCAUUGACUCGGUAUGUGCUUCUGAUAUGAGGAUGUGGUUGGCCAUGCGCUGA